AUGCCCGUUCACCCUUCCCUAGAAGGGUCCACAUUCGAUGCCGACCUGCGUGACCGACACCUGAUUUAUGACUAUGCGGCACAGGACGAGAAUGGCAAGCCGGAGACAUGGCGAUAUGAGAUGUGGUUCGAAAAUGAAGAUCGCAUCAACUAUGCUAUCCACGGAGGUCCAAUGGCAGGUCGAAUCAAUUUCCAAACCGCCGACUACCAAUGCAUUCGACCUGGAGAAUUGUGGCAAUGUAACUGGCUGGAAGAGACGGGAACUAUCUGUUCACUGGUGUAUGAUAUCGCAAGCCGGAAAAUCACUACACUGCUUGGUUUCUCCAAAGGGCAUUGGGAAAAGGCAGCGGAUGCUCACGGGGAUAAGCGGAAUCCGGAGGAUUUUGAAAGAUGGCGCGGUCUUGCGAGACUGGGUAUCCAGACGGAUCGACAUAUGUUGAGUGAACAGGCUGAUAUUCUGGAGGAUUUCCGAGGUGCCGGGGAUUUGAAGCCUGUUGAUAAUAGCUGGCCCACUUUGUAG